GUGCAAUAGUAUUGUCAAAGCAUCUGAAAGCAGAAUGGACACCAGAAUUUUGAUUCUUGCUUUACAUCUUUCUUCAUUAUCUUUCCAGAAAGCUGACUCUGAUCUGGAUUACAUUCAAUACAGGCUGGAAUAUGAAAUCAAGACUAAUCAUUCUGAUACAGCAGGCAAGAAAAAUCCAGUUACACUCUUAAAGGAAUUGUCAGCAAUAAAGUCUCGAUAUCAAACUUUGUAUGCCCGCUUUAAACCAAUUGCUGUAGAGCAGAAAGAGAGUAAGAAUCGCAUUUGUGCUACUGUCAAUAAGACUAUGACCAUGAUACAAGAACUACAAAAGCAAACAGAUGUGGAGCUGUCACCACUGACUAAAGAAGAGAAAACUGCAGCAGAGCAAUUAAAAUCUUUUGUGUCAGACUUAUGAAGAAGUGGACUUGUAAAAGGGAAUUCUAAUGGAGAGGAGAUCCACUCCAGAAAGAUUUAAGAAGAUGUCUUGUUAGCACUUGAUGAUUAGAAGUGGGGAGAUGGAAGAGGAGAUUUGGCUUGGUUAACUGGAUAGUGAUGCCUUUCACAAGAGAGAGCCCUGUAAGAAGGGCAGAUAUUACAUGAAUAAAGUUAAGCCAGAAACAUGGAAUGGGAAUAAAGGGAUUUAAAAAUAUGUAUGCAUAUACAGUCUUAUAAUUUCAGACAAGGAAGUCAUGUAACACUAUUUUGUAUUUGUUUCUGUGUAAUUGGGAUAAAAUGGAUGUCCUGGCCUAUCAUAAAAGGAUAUUUAUGUACAAUUGGUCAGUCAGAUAGGAAUGAGCAUGCUUUGGAAAUUAAAGGAUAGAAAAAAAUAUUUGUAUUAUAUUGUACAUUAUAUAUAUGUAUAUAAUUUUAUUUUUGAAAAUUUUUGAUUACAGGUAAUGGUCACAUUUGAUGAGACUGCCAAUAUGUGACCUAGAGUCCUCCAUAAAAGCUAACAUUAGUAAUAAUAAAUUGGCUUUUCUCUGACGGCCUCACUUUUA